AUGACGCACGGCCGGCAGCCACACGGCUGCCUCCUACCCGCCCUGCUGACCACCCGCUCUGCUCGAGGCGGGCACUUCAGGCAAGGAGGCGCGGAGGCGGCACUUCAGCAGAGGUGGAGUGCGGUGUGGAAUGGUAUGGUGCGGCAUGAGGAGGAGGCGGACACUUCGGGCAACGAGCCGGCGCGGAGGCAAGGAGGCGGCACUUCAGCAGAGUUCGGGCUAGAGGGCGCGGAGCAGGUAAGCAUGCGGCUCUUGAGGCGAGGAGGCGGCACUUCAGGCGAGGAGGCGGCACGUCCGGCAAGGGGUGAGGCGGAGGAACGUGAGGGAGUGGUUGAUGGGUUGGACGAGGGGAUGCAUGACUGGGAUGCUGUGGGAAUGAGAAACGGAGACACUGCCCUCCACGCACCUCCUCUUCCAGCCUCUGUCUCCCCACCUGACCUGCACUCCGUCAUCAUCGCCUUCCCACCGUCGAGGAAGGCGCACGGGGAGUCUACAGCACGGAGGGGAGAGCAGCAGCAUAGAGGCGAGUCAACGCACCUGCUCAAGGCGAACACUUUAGGCGAGGAGUGGAGGAGGCGGCACUUCAGGUCGGCGGGGGAGCAGCAGCUUGGAGGGUCAACACCGUCACCGACAUUCAGUGCGGGGCGGGUGGGCAGCGCGGCGGACGGCGCUCCAGUUUCCUUUGUGGGCAGCGCGGAGGACGGCGCGGCGGAAGACCCUCACCUCCCCUCCCCUCCCCUCCCCUCCCCUCCCCUCACCUCCCCUCCCCUCCCCUCCCCUCCCCUCCCCUCCCCUCACCUCCCCUCUCCUCCCCUCACCUCCCCUCCCCUCCCCUCCCCUCCCCUCCCCUCCCCUCCCCUCCCCUCCCCUCCCCUCCCCUCCCCUCCCCUCCCCUCCCCUCCCCUCCCCUCCCGUCAAUUUGAUAUGCACAACAUGCGUGGGGAGCACUGA